ACAUCUUUACUGGCCCAGAAUUUCCAGCAGCACCCCCUUGCUCAUGCAAAAACACAUUGCUUGUCCGCCACACCACAUCAUCAUGCCAACAAGCUGUGUAAAGUGCAUCCUUCCGUAAGACUGUGGUGCAUUAAUCCAGUGCAGGUGCACUCAUGAUUAACUGACUGGGGAUUAUGAGAGGGAGCGGAACAAUCAAGUAAAGAAAGGUCAUAACACUGUUGGGAACAAGGGCUCCGGUCCACAGCGCUCCACUUGAGCUUUUCCGGAGUUUGAAUUUUGUUUCUGGUGUGAGCUGGUGGCCCUGCAGGCUGCCUUAAAUGGGUCGGUGUGAGCCUGCAGAGCCCUAGAAAUCAUCGUCAAGACCUGCAGCAGAACACCACGCUGGAAGUCGCCCCCCAUGUGGCCGUCGGGAGUGGGGAGCAGGCAGCCCUGCCCGCGGGAAUCAGCGCUGCGCAGGGCGGCCAUCAGUGGCAACAUCCUCGCCCUGCCGCCGCACCAUGUCCCCACCGGCCGCAGCGUCCGGGUCUACAUCUGUGCCAACCCAGACGACACGGAGGCGGAGAGGAACGCACUGAAAGAGCACGUCUACCCCAAACUACGAGACUUCUGCAGGGAGAACUAUGGGAUUGAAUUCCAGGUGGUGGAUCUGUACUGGGGCGUAGACCCAGAGGAGUGGGACAGUCCAGAGCUGCAGCGACUCAGAAUGAAGCUCCUGGAGGAAUGUCUAAAGACGUCGGCUGGACCCUGUUUUGUUGGUCUGGUGGGAGAAAAAUACGGCAGCAUCCGAGUGCCGGGGGAGGUGGAAUCAGCAGAGUUUGAGAUGAUCUUAGAUGCUGCUGUGGAGGCGGGGCUGGACACACACAUCUUGGAGGAGUGGUACUGCAGGGAUGAAAACUCUGUGCCACCCGCAUACUACCUCAAACCCAAAGCCCAGAUGCUUAAGAACUACCAGAACUCUAUGGAGUCAAGCAGCGCAGCCAAGAGCAAGAAUGACAAGGCCUGGAGGAAUGUGUCGGAGGAGAUCAAGAGGAUCUUCCGAACGGCGGUGCUGCAGCUUCAAGAGAAAGGGACCAUGAAGAGCGCUCAGGCCAAGAAAUUCCUUUGUUCUGCCUUGGAGGAUGAAUUAGACUUUGCCCUUGGGAAACAAACUCCUGCCUUUCUCAGGAAAUGUGUCUGCUACAUUCGCAAGAUUUCCAACUUUGACCGCUUCGCCAAACUCCCCGACAUGGCCAAGUACAUGGACACCGUGGUUAGCGCCGACCGCGUCAUGCGCAACCAGGAAGCCUAUGAACGCCUUCUGAAGGUACGGGACGAGUUCAUCCCCACAGUGGUGGCUGCCUCCAACCUCCGCGUCUACUCUUCGGUCACUCACUGCGACAUGAAGUUAGGCUACUCCCAAGAAGUGGAGAGCCACUACGUUGAAGGUCUGUGUAAACAGUUCUACGAGGAUAUGGUGGAUAUCAUCCAAGCCACAGUCCAGCAGAACUUUGACACAGAGACUGACCCGCUGUACGAUGAGAUCCUGCAGCACCUGUCCCUCUGUAAAAACUACGCAGCGCUCUUCGAGUACAAGAGCGAGUCGCUGGAUUACGUGCAGGAGUACGUUCUUCCGUCCAAGGGGAGCAGAAUGAGCCCUCUGGUGGUGUACGGGGGACCCUGCACCGGAAAGACGCUGCUGCUAGCCGAAGUUGCUAAACAGGCCUACACAUGGCUGCAAAAAGAGAUUGGCCCUGAAGCCGACCCAGUGGUCAUUGUUCGUUUUAUUGGCUCCAGCCAGCCCUCCACAGACCUACGCACCCUCCUCCAGAGCAUCUGUGAACAGAUUGCAAUAAACUACCGCUGCCUGAUUCACUUUUUGCCUAACAAGAUCCAGGAAAUGAGGGAGCUCCUGAUCAACCUUUUAGGGGAAUCAUCCUUCCACAGGCCCCUGGUCAUUGUCCUGGAUGCGUUGGAGCAGCUUUCAGAUGCUGAUGAAGCUCGCAAGCUGUGGUGGCUCCCCAUACACCUGCCUCGGACAGUCCGCAUUGUAGUCUCAACUUUGCCCAAUAAACAUGGCAUCCUGCAGAAGCUCCGACACACCAUCCAUGAUGAGGGGUAUUAUGUCGAAUUAAUCCAGAGGGACCGCAAGGUCUGCAGCCAAACAUUAAAGCAGCAGUUGCUGGGUGUGAAGAGAAAGGUCACCUCAGGCCAACAGAUCUAUGUCAAUGAGGCACUUGCCAAGUGUACAUUGCCAAUGUUUGUCAACCUCAUCUACAGAGAGGUAGUUCACUGGAGGUCUCACAAAGAUGUUGACGACAAAUCCCUGUGCUCCACAGUACAUGAAAGCAUAGAACAGCUAUUCUACUCAGUGGAGAAUAAGUUGGGCCAACGAUUUGUCUUCAGAGCAUUAGGGUAUAUCACCAUGGCCAAGGCAGGGUUAACUGAGGUCGAGCUUGAGGAUAUUCUAUCCCUGGAUAACAUAGUUCUUGGUGAUGUCAUUGUGGCAUCUUACCUGAAAAACCCCUUGAGGAUCUCUUAUGACCUGGUUGCAAGGCUCAAAGAGGAGCUGGAGGGUUAUCUGGUUGAACGUCAGGUACGCAACGUCACCCUGAUGGUCUGGGCCAACAGACACCUGCAUCUCAUUGCCCAGAAGCUGUAUCUUAGCAACGAGGAGGACGUCCAUCAAAUGCACAGCCUGCUGGCAGAGUACUUCCUGGGAGCAUGGUCAGGAGGCAGGAAGAAGAUCUUUACUUACGAUAACAACCAUUUCACUUCCCUAAAUAUAUCUCAUCACAAAAACCCCCACCAUCAGCAGUCCCAUGAGAAAACAUCUUCUGACAAGUACUCCUAUGACAGGCAAACUCCUGAGCAGCCUUGGGUGUUCCAGUGCAACCUUUUGGAGCCUGACAUUUUCUUUGUCAACCACAGGAAGAUGACAGAGCUGGUGUACCACCUCACCAGGAGUGGACGCACUGAUGACCUCAUGUUUGGUGUCAUCAUGAACUUCAGCUGGCUGUACACAAUGAUCAAGAUUGGCCAGUUUGAAAAGGCUUUAACAGACAUUGACCUAGCUUACAGCUACACCCAAGAAAAAGAACUUAAGUUCCUGGCCACCACUCUCCGUAGUAUCAAGGUAAAAGUGUUGAAGAACCCGGCAUCACUCUCUGCAGAACUGCAGCAAAGGCUUCUGCCAGUUGUCACCUCCCUCCCCAAGCUCAGACACCUCCUCCUGGAGUGUGAUAAAGAUGGCCCAAAGUACUGCUCCAUCGUUCCUCUCCACUCCUCUAUGGAUGUCACUUACAGUCCAGAGAGGCUUCCUCUGUGCUCAAGCUACAUGCAGAUUGUGGAGAUCUUGCCCACUCUAGCCCCAAACAUAGUCCUCGUAGCCCUGGAAGAUGGGUCUGUCAGCACCUGGGAUGUAGAGAGCAGACAACUUCUACGACAGAUCGACACAGCCAGAUCUGUUGUGCUGGGAAUCAGGCUAACCACUGAUGAGAAGUAUCUGGUUGUGGCCACCACCAAAAAUACGCUGCUUAUCUAUGAUAAUCACAAGUCCUGCCUUUUAUCUGAGGUUGAAAUCAAGGGGUCCAAGCAGGGUGGCGUCACUGGUGGAGUGGCCUUCAUCAAUGGUUUUACUUUGUCCACCCAUCAUGCUUUGGCUUGGCUUGAGGCAAGUAAAGAUGUUAAUGUCAUUGACCUACUCUACGGCUGGCCUCUCUACCAGUUCCAUUGCUGGUAUGAGGUGACCUGUGUCCAGUGCUCUCCAGAUGGGAUGUAUGCCUUCUGUGGCCAGUACCUCAACACUGCAUCCAUAUUUCAUCUGGGAAAUGGUGACAAGUUGGCCACUGUGACCUCCGAGUUUUCUGGGGGGUUCGUCAAGUCCAUUCUUGUUCUGGACACCCUUAACCAAAUGGUGAUGAUUGACAAUGAAGGCAGUCUAUCAGUAUGGAACACCAAAGAGAUCACCAACCCGAGACUGAUGGAGGAUUAUGAUUGCAGAGGGGAUGAUAGUGAAGUGGUGGGCAUUGAGUUAUCUGAAGACCAGCGCUCUAUUCUCAUUUGCAAAGCCAGAAGUAUCGAGGUUCUGGACACAAAAGUAUGGAAAAUGGUGGAGAAGUUCAAAGCCAAACGUACUGAACGCUUCGUGGCUGCUGUUCUAUCCAAGAAUGGACAAAGCAUUGUGGCCUCCAUGGAGAACACCUCCUCUAUCUUUGUCUGGAGGAGGGACAGUGGACAGUGCAUGGCUAGCCUGAUUGAGAUCUCAGGGGCUAUCGUCAAACUCAUUAAAUCAGUUCACCACAAUCUCCUCCUUUCUGUUGCCAGCAGUGGAGUGCUGUCUGUUUGGGACAUCGAUAUCAUCACAGCCAUGUCCAAUAUUGACAAAACAGGUAAGAAGAUCCAGACCUUGCAGCUGUCUGGCAGAGAGGAUUACGUGUUUACCAUGGAUGGUUCAGAAGCUGUUCACAAGUGGAACUUCAGCACUGGCUUUAUUGAGACAGUCUUCAAGCAUGAGGGCAUGGUGGAGAACUGUGUCCUAACCUCCUCAGGGGAUCUCAUGGUGACUUCAGAUGACAAGUCCAGUCAGUACAUCUGGCAAACUAACACUGGAGAAAACAUCUUCCGCAUCAAUGGACAGAGAAUCUCCCAGCUGCUAAUCACCCACAAUGACCAGUUUGUGGUGUCCCUCUGUGAGCAGAAUGCCUCUAGAGUCUGGAGACUCGCCACUGGGCACAAGGUGUGUAACAUUUUGGUCACCCUCCAGAGUGCACUCAUCACCACAGCAAACACUUUUCUUGUGGGAACCUCCAAAAACAAGCUCCUGGCUGUCAGCCUUUGGUCAGGCAGUGUGUCCAAGAAGUUUGUCUGUGAUGAUGGUAUUACCAUUGUCAACUUCAAGCUCAUUCCUGACUGUCCUGACUGUGUGGUGUUCAUCACAUCCACAGAGACUGUCUUCAUCUGGAGUGUGGCAGAUGAGUCAGUUUGCAGGCGUGUCCAGUUGCCAACCAACUUCCUCAAAAAUCUAGAGGACUUCCAGAUCUCCCCCAAUGGGAAACUAGGAAUUGUCUCCAAAGGUGAUGAGAAUAUUAAUGUCCUGGACCUUCAUAGUGGGAAGCUGCGGCUUGUCCAUGCUGCUGGUAUAAUCUGGCGUCAGAAAUUAUCAAGAGAUGGACGUUAUCUAGUAUACGUCUGUUUCCGUAACUGUGAUGAGGAUGACGAUGCCGGUGUUGUAUCUAAUCUGAUCGUGAUGCGCCUUGCUGAUGGUAAGAGCAUCGGCACAUGCUCCUUGUACAAGACGCCCACCUUCUUGUCUCUCUCCCAGCGAGCACUAAACAUCAUCAUUGGCUUUGAGGACGGUAGUAUUGGCACUUACACAGUGGUGGACCGUGUAGAUGCUGCCCUCAAGAUAAAGAUAGCCACCUCCAACAGCCGACAGAUUGUCAACAAUGCCUCGCAGAAGGUGCGGCCCAAAUGUGGCAACCAUUCCUUUAAGACCAUCGCAGACUGCACUUGGAGGGAGUCAACAGAGGUCUUCUCCAGGGACAGCCCCAUCAAUGUGUCUGACUCUGGUGAAGGUGAGUCGACCACACCUACAAAAAAGACUGAACUGCUGCAGUGAGUGGGUCAGGAUCAGGGAAGCGGGUGGAGUUAAGAAAGAAGGGUGGUGAUAAGUGACAAAGUGUAGAAUCUCUGGGGUUGCAGUUGAUUCUUGUUUACAGCCACGUGAUUCAGCUGCAGAUGUCAGCCCUCUGGGUAGUUAAUGGGCCGACCAUUUUAACGCUGCACUCAAAUUAUGUAUUACUUACUUCCAACUUAUGAUACCGUUUCUGUUUGUUUUACACACAAAGACUGUUAGAAAAAUACAAUGUUUUUGAAAAGAAGAAAAAUGUUAAUUCUGUGAGGUAUUAGUUUGCCAUUAUGUGUCCUUUUGCAUUUGAAGAACAAAGUUAUAAUUCAAAUGUCUUGGUCAAACAUUUUCAAAGCCAUUCCAGUGAUCUUAGCCACUUUCAUUUUACAUUUCCUUUAUUUACAUUGUGCACAUUAAGCCAUAAUGUUGUUCUUUAAAAAAAAAGAAGAGUAUAUUUAUGUUUGUAUUAACAUCAGUUGGUACUGUACAAAAAGGAAGAACUAUGAACAUAUGUACAUAUCUCUUUUUGGCUGCUGCAAUUUGUGCAACUCCUUAAAAAUGUUAUGUUGUGCUUAAUGCAAUCAAAGUGAGUGCCUGGAAUUUAAAAUGUUCUUUAUGUGCAGAUUACAAGAUUUAUGAAAAUGCAGGGAAUUUGUAAACACAGUAUACACACAGUUACAUAAUACUUGCAUUGAUGUUAAAUCUAAACGAUCAGUGUAUUGAAAUCCAGUCAACAACACGAGAGAUUGAUGGCAUUGCUUUUGUAAUGAUGGUUAUAGAUUCUUGGAACAGUUCAAUUUGAUUUGGAUUUACCUGCAGUUCCAUCAGUUUGUGAGCUGCUUGUUUUAAGGGGAACACCACUAUUGAGCAUACAGUGUAGCAUAGCACCAUACACAUUCACGCCUUAACCAGUGUACUUGCUUUAGGUUUAGUGGAUUUUGUUCAAAUGUUCCAGUAGAAAAACGAUGGAGUGAUUAGUCCAAACAGCUUGGCCAUGUGAAUAUAUUAGUAGGUGGAAGCACUUUACGAGUGGUUUGUGAGAAAUUAGUAGAUUUAUUCAUAUGAAACAUUGUAUAAAUUGUUUUAAGUGAUCUAGAGUUGUCUUAAAACAGGUAUUGGAUUCACUUGCAAGCUACAGCUGACUAACUUGAAAUGCUACAGUUUCUCUUAAAGCCUGGUGUCAUUAUAAAAUAAUAACAACUGACUGCAGAGAUGGGGGAUUUAGGAAUGCACAGGCUCAAAUAAGGGUCAGUAAGAUCUUGUGAAAUGAUGUUCAGAGAUCUUUUCAAAGCCUGCGUUUGUAUAAGCCUUUGUAAACCUGCAUGACAAAUUCAAGGUUGUGAAUGUGUAGAAUUUUUUUGUCAACAAAAAAAAGAGAGACUGUUGAAAUAAGAUGUGUACACAAAUUACAUUAAUGGUGAUGUUCUGCAAAGAAAAAAACUGUGAACAUCUUUUUAGAUUCACAUGUACUUUAUUCUAGUCUGUGUUCAGAUGUUCACAAAAGUGUGAACUUUUUUUGUGUAACCUCAUUGUUGAUAUAAUUUUUGCACAAAUGAGACUCAGACAUCCUUUUUCUCUACAAAAUCUUUUCUAUACAUUCACAAAAUUGAAUUUCUCAUGCAGAGUGUUCACGAGUUUACAAGGGGUGAUAUAUAAGCAUAGAUUUUGAAAACGUUUUGACCUUCAUGUGAGCCCGUACAGUAGAAAUCUGACUCUGGUAACAUCAUGACAGGCUGAAAUAAAAGCUGCAGUUCGCUGACAAUCUAAAAGCAUAAAUAAUUUGUUUGGGAAUCUCUGAGGCUGUACCUUGCAGAUACCAGGAUAGCUUUUUUUAAGCAUGUCUGUAAUAACCCAAAACUUAAUUUGAGUUCUGCGAUUUGAGCUCUAAUGAGACCAAUCAUCAAGAAAAACACACACUUUCACUUUGACAUAUACUUUUUAAGGGCUAUUCCAUCUUAUUCUAUGUUUACUAGUUUUGAACUGUUGAGAUAACGGCCCUUAGAUAAUGUCAAACCGGGUAGCAGCAUCAAGCUUUAAAAUACUUUACUCCCUACAACUCAAGAGUUUCUAAAUUGAAAAAAAAAAUUAUAUCAUGUAAUUGCCAAAGUCCCGAUUAUAGUUUGUGUUUCAUUUUGUUGACAUUUGUUUUUUGAGGCUUGUACUGUAAUUAUAUUGUUACCAAAUCGUUUCAGUGUUCUACUGUGAUUAUGUUUAUGAUAGAGAAAAUGUGCUAUCUUUGCUAAAAAACAAACAAAAAAAAUGUUGAAAAAGAGUCAUCCUAUGAUAUAUUGGAAUGCCAGUUUAAGAGUAUAUUUGAAUGUGUCCAUAUGGAAGCCAGUAAAUGGUAUUAUUGUAUGUUAAAGUAACUUGAAUGACUUUUAAUAACUUACAUGUUUGCAACUCAUAGUUGACAUACUGGUAAUGAAUGUUUCUAUGGUAUUCUUUGUAUUGUCAGGACUGACUUACCUGUUUAGAGAUUUAUAUUUUCAUAAAUGUUGUACUUACAUUUUGUUACAGAGUUGUUUAACUGGAAUUCAAACAGAAAAGAAACUUAUGUCUGAAGCAAUAUGAAACUAGUGUGUAUGCAUUGUUUGUAUGAAACAUUUUAAUGUAAUAAAAUGGUUCACUUUUUGCCUCCA